GGCGGGGGAGAGCUAUGCAUCCAUCUCUGUGUGUGGAGUAAAUGUAGUCUAGGAUUUCUUCCCCCCUGGUUGCACUGGUGACAUGCUGGUAAAAAUUUGGUAAAGCUGAUUUAGGUUUGCCUGCAUUUAAAGUCCACGGACACUAGGAGCGCCUCUUCUCGGUGAGGAUUUUCUUCUUUUCUUAUGGCCUUAUAGAGUUGGUUGAGAGCGGUCUUAGUGCCAGCUUCGUUCAGUGGUGGUAAAUAGACAGCUACAAAUAAUUUAGAUGAGAACUCUCUUGGUAGAUAGUGUGGUCGACAGCUUAUCAUAAGGUACUCUACCUCAGGCGAGAAAUACCUCAAGACUUCUUCAAUAUUAGACAUUGCGCACCAGCUGUUAUUGACAAAUAGACACACACCCCCACCCCUCGUCUUACCAGAGGUAGAGUCUCUGUUCUGCCGGUGCAUGGAAAAUCCUGCCAGCUCUAUAUUGUUUGUUCAGCCACGUCUAAGUGAAACAUAAGAUCUUACAGUUUUUAAUGUCCCGUUGGUAGGAAUAUCUUAAUAGUUGGUCAUCAAUUUUAUUUUCCAACGAUUGCACAUUAGCAAGGAGAAUGGAUGGCAUUGGGAGAUUACUCGCUCGCCUCCGGAUUCCCGGAAGGAUCCCCGAUCUGCGUCCCCUUUUCCGGCGUCUUUUCUUCACGCAAAAGGCGUGGAUCUGGGCCUGUUCCAGUGAAAGCAGGAUGUCCUUGUCGUCUGACUCGUUAAAGGAAAACGUUUCUUCCAGUCCGCGGCCGUGGUGGAAUGAGCAGCGUGUGUGUGUUGAAGGGUAAAGCAGUGCUCUGGCAGGCCUCGUUCAGCCCCCACCUCAGAACUUCAACUCCCAGCAUGCCGGUGGUGCUGAGCAGCGGAGGACACGCCCCCCCGGCUGGACAGACCCCACAUGCCCCGCCACCAAGCCAGCAGCUGUGUGUGUUGCAGGGCGUGGCGGGUACGGGGCGCUCUCAGGAUGAUGCCAUGGUGAACUACUUCUUCCAGCGGCAGCACGGAGAGCAGCCUGGCAAACACCGCUGGCCCACCGGGGAGAACAUCCACGACAGCCAGGGGCGGUCGAUGGAUGAGCUGAACCAUGACUUCCAUGCUCUGGCUCUAGAGGGGCGUGCCAUGGGAGAGCAGCUUUUGACAGGUAAGAAGUUUUGGGAGAGUGACGAUGCUGGAAAAGAUGGACCAAAAGGGAUCUUUCUGGACCAGUGGAGGGGUGGCGCGUGGGGGACCACAGACCACUUGGUGUCUCAGCCAAUCAUGGUGUCUCAUCGGCCGGGUGGGGGUUUCCAUGGCGGCGGGGAGGUGGGCGGGUCAGUGAUGUCACCGCGGUCAGAGAGCGGCGGCUUGGGAGUUCGUAUGGUAGAAUACGUCCUCUCCUCUUCUCCCGCCGAGAAACUGGACUCCUGCCUCCGUAAGGGACCUUUCGGUCCGAGGGAUGGAGAGGUGGGGGAGGAGAUUAGAGAUAAACCAAAGGCCUCAUUUGAAGGAGAGAAACUCAAGGACAUGGGAGAGGGUGACGUCAUCAGUGAUGUCAUCAACCCCAACGGGCUCCCUGUGCAGAACGGCCUGGACGUGGAUGGCAAGGAGUACAGUCGUCAUGGCCAGAUACUGCCCGCGGGGCCAGACACAGACCUAAUAGGGGGUGUAGGAGGGGAGGAUAUGGUCUCCAUGGGAGGUGGUGGUGGUCCCAAACCCCAAGAGGUCUUCUCUGGGGUGGAACAGGGUGUUACCAUGGAUACCAUGCAGUCUGUGAUGGAGCCGUUGCAGUUUGGCUACAACUCCCAGAUGGCCAUGGACUCUCAGCCCACCAUGGGCCUGUUUGACUACAGCAACCAACAACAGGUGUUCCAGAGACCCAGUGCUCUAGCAGCCCAACAGCAGCAAUAUGCCUUGGCAGCAGCACAACAAUCUCACAUUGGUUUGGCUCAAGCGUUUGUUUCCAACCCUUACAUCAUCAGUACCGGUCCGUCUGGAACCGAACCGUACGCUGCUGGACUGGCAGCUGCUGCAACACUGGGCCCAACGGUGAUGUCUCCUCAGUACUACGGGGUGACUCCCUGGGGGGUGUAUCCAGCCAAUCUGUUCCAGCAACAGGCUGCGGCUGCCAACAACUCAGCCAAUCAACAGGCUCAAGGACAGAACCAGCACAACCAACAACAGGUGAUGCGUGGGGGCGGUAACCAGCGACCCCUGACCCCUAGCCAAGGUCAACAGGGUCAGCAGAACGACCAGCUGAUCUCCGCCGCAGCAGUCAACUCAGCUCUCGCCUUUGGACAGGGGCUGGCUGCCGGCGUGCCUGGCUAUUCCAUGCUGGCUCCAGCUGCUUACUAUGACCAGACGGGGGCGCUAGUGGUCAACACAGGAUCUAGGGGCGGACCCGUACGCCUCAUGGCCCCCGCAGGCUCAGUUAUUAUCUCUCCCUCCGCUGCACAAGCAGUGGCGGCAGCAGCUGCAGGUGGCGGGGCUAAUGGUGGUAUGGGAGGCGGGGCCAAUGGUCCGUUCCGAGCCAUGCAAUCACAGCAUCCUCAGCAGCAGGGGGGAGGGGCUAUACCAGGAAACUCCUUUUAUGGAUCCUCUCUUAGCAACUCAUCCCAGAGCUCCUCCCUCUUCUCUCAAGGUAGCCAAUUGACGUACUGCUCCGCCCAGCCGGGCCCCGGCUCCGCCUCUCUGGGGUUUGGUCAGAGCAACUCUUCACUCGGAGGGACGUUGGGCGGCUUUGGCACUGCAGGUAGCCUUCCACAAGCUUCCCACAAUAAGUUGGGUGAAUUUUGGUCCAUUCCUCCUGACAGAGCUGGUGUAACUGAGUCAGUGGCUAACUCCAGCGGUGGCAGCAGUUCUCGUCGUGACUCUCUGACUGGCACUAGUGACUUGUACAAACGCACGCAGUCCAGCCUCACUCCCAUUGGCCACGGGGGGUUCUACAACGGAACCCUGGGCUUUAGCUCCUCCCCCGGGCCGGUCGGAAUGCCUCUGCCCAACCAAGGCCCCUCCCACUCCCUAACUCCACCCCCCUCUCUGUCCAAUCACAGCUCCUCAUCCAACCUCAACCUGGGAGGUCUGACCAAUGGCAGCGGUCGUUUCAUAUCUGCUGCUCCGGGGGCGGAGGCGAAGUAUCGCAGCGCCAGUUCUGGAUCCUCCCUCUUCUCUCCCAGCAGCCAGCUCUUCCCGUCGUCACGGCUACGUUACGGAAUGUCGGACGUGAUGCCGUCAGGGCGGAGCCGGCUUCUGGAAGACUUCCGGAACAACCGCUACCCCAACCUGCAGCUGAGAGAGAUUGCUGGGCACAUCAUGGAGUUCAGUCAGGACCAGCACGGCAGCAGGUUUAUCCAGUUGAAGUUGGAGAGGGCCAGCUCAGCGGAGCGUCAGUUGGUGUUCAGUGAGAUCCUCCAGGCUGCCUACCAACUCAUGGUCGACGUCUUUGGAAACUAUGUCAUACAGAAGUUCUUUGAGUUUGGCAGUGUGGACCAGAAGCUGGCUGUAGCCGAGAGGAUCAGGGGUCAUGUCCUGUCUCUGGCCCUUCAGAUGUAUGGCUGUAGAGUCAUACAGAAGGCGCUGGAGUUCAUCCCCUCAGACCAACAAGUUAUAAGUGAGAUGGUACGGGAGCUGGACGGUCACGUGUUGAAGUGUGUGAAGGAUCAGAACGGCAACCACGUGGUGCAGAAGUGUAUCGAGUGUGUUCAGCCCCACGCGUUACAUUUCAUCAUCGACGCCUUCAAGGGCCAGGUGUUUGCCCUCUCUACCCACCCCUACGGCUGUAGAGUGAUCCAGCGUAUUCUAGAACACUGUCUUCCAGACCAGACCCUGUCCAUUCUGGAGGAGCUGCACCAACACACUGAACAACUGGUGCAGGACCAGUAUGGUAACUAUGUGAUCCAGCAUGUGCUAGAACACGGCAGAGCGGAGGACAAGAGUAAGAUAGUAGCUGCGAUCAGAGGAAACGUACUGGGGCUCAGCCAACACAAGUUUGCCAGUAAUGUAGUGGAGAAGUGUGUGAGCCAUGCGUCGCGUGCAGAGCGGGCCGUGUUGAUAGACGAGGUGUGUAGCCUGACGGAGGGGCCCCACAGUGCCUUGUACACCAUGAUGAAGGACCAGUAUGCCAAUUACGUGGUGCAGAAAAUGAUUGACGUGGCCGAACCCACACAGAGAAAGAUCAUCAUGCACAAGAUUCGGCCCCACAUCGCCACCCUGAGGAAGUAUACAUAUGGCAAACACAUCCUGGCCAAGCUGGAGAAAUACUACCUGAAGAAUGGAGUGGACCUGGGCCCUCUCUGUGGCCCUCCCAACGGCAUCAUGUAAACCUUCUACCCUCUUCCACACCGUAACACUGGAGGACAAGGCGGGCCAGCGGGGGACGUGCUCAGUGCAUCACCUGCUGGGUUGGUGGAGGAACGGUGGCGAUUCAACAUGUCGGACCCUCUGUGUACAGCGGAAGUUGUAUUGGAAUGUCAUGUCUUUUAUACCAUAACCCUUAUACCCUACAUGAAAAAUGACACGUUAACUACUACCUACACACAACCUAUAAUUUCCUACCACCCGAUGGUCUAAACCCCAUACCCCCCCCCCCCCCCCUCCCUCUUUUCCCCUCCUAAUGAGAUCAUGGAAACUGCUGCCCUACCUAACCCCCCCCCCCCAAUGACAUGUAGAACCCUCUUUGCCUACUCCAACCCCCCUCCUUUUCCCGUCCCACUCUUAUCGCCAUGGUAACCCAUUGGUAUGAGCCUGUGUCUAAACAGGAAGCCUUGGUUAGUUUCGGCCCGUCUCCCAACCAAGCCCUACCCUGCUGCAGGGAGGAGGGAAGGAGGGGGAGGUGAGACACGUCCCUACACUGCUGGAGGGAAGGAGGGGGAGUUGAGACACGUCCCUACACUGCUGCAGGGAGGAGGGAAGGAGGGGGAGGUGAGACACGUCCCUACACUGCUGGAGGGAAGGAGGGGGAGUUGAGACACGUCCCUACACUGCUGCAGGGAGGAGGGAAGGAGGGGGAGGUGAGACACGUCCCUACACUGCUGGAGGGAGGAGGGGGAGGUGAGACACGUCCCUACACUGCUGCAGGGAGGAGGGGGAGUUGAGACACGUCCCUACACUGCUGGAGGGAGGAGGGGGAGUUGAGACACGUCCCUACACUGCUGCAGGGAGGAGGGAAGGAGGGGGAGGUGAGACACGUCCCUACACUGCUGCAGGGAGGAGGGAAGGAGGGGGAGGUGAGACACGUCCCUACACUGCUGCAGGGAGGAGGGAAGGA